ACCCGGCAAUAUGCCACCGAGCCCGUCUCACCACCAGCAUCACGACUAGACCGCAUCGUGGCCAGACUCCCACGCUUCUUGCGCCAGUACACCUCUCCACUACGCAACGCCCCAGUCUCUCACAUCACAACCUUCCUAGUGCUCCACGAGCUAACCGCGAUCGUGCCGCUUUUCGGUCUCGCAGCAGCAUUUCACUACGGCAACUGGCUACCACGCUCCGUCUCUGAAGGCGAAUGGGCUGCCGAGGGAAGUAAACGGUUCGACCGCUGGCUGCGGAAGCGUGGCUGGAUUAGCGAUGACUCACCCUCUGCCGAAGGCUUGUCUGGGGAGCAAGGUGCUGCCGGUGCUCGGGUAGUGAUUGAGCUCGCCACCGCUUAUGCAAUCACCAAGGCGCUACUGCCUGUCAGGCUCGUUUUGAGCGUGUGGGCUACCCCAUGGUUCGCGAGAUGGACCGUCUUGCCUGUUACUGGUCUGGUAGCGAGGAUCUUC